AUGAAGUUGCUUCGAGACCUAAAGGUUCUGAGAAAAGAUCUACAGGACUGGACAGACAAUUUAGCAUGGGGCCCAGAUGGAAUGCUGUACAUAACGACAGUUCCAGACCUCACUGUUUGCCAGCCCUUGUACAACGAGUCCAUAACAAAUAACAGCAAAGACCUAUUCCACGUCAAAGAGUAUCCUCUCAUUCUGAAAAACAAAUUCGAAUUUCUUUUGGCGCAGGAGAACACUAUCUUGAACUCAAUUCCAGAUAGCUUCGUGAAGUGCUGCAAGGUUUCCCCAGUCACCAAUCUCGUUGCAGUGCUAACAAACAAUGGAAACGCCUGUGUGUACAAAGACGCUCGGCUCCUGUUCGAGCUCGACGAAGCGCACAGAGAGCUAAAGGAACGUUCUUAUCACUCCCUUGCGUGGAGCCCCUGCGGCACGCUGAUUAAUGUAGGGAAUGAGUGCGGAGAGGUGAUUACAUUCCGGAUCGUGAUUGAAGCAGGAGACUACAGCUGCGAACGCUCUUCCUCAACAAGCCUAGUAGAGGAUUCCACAAGUUGGAUCACCAAACUAAAGUGGUCGGGCCAGCAAUGUCUAGCUGCUCUCAGCGACAAUUCAGUCUUCCUCAUCAAAGGCGACGCGACGCAUGUUCAGAUAAUAGAGCCCUCCAGAUUUUGUGUGUUUGACUUUUGCGGUAUACGGGAAAACAUUAUCGUGACUCGCAUGGGAUCUAUCUUCAGAUAUGACAUGGAGCGUGAAAAGCUUGCGAAACUGGACUGGAGUGGCCAUGAAGCUCUGCAUAUCGUACCGUUACCAAGUCGGAAUGCUGCUCUUCUGCUGUCUUCGAAAACGAGUUGUCUCUUGGAUUUAGAUCAAGGAAUGCAACUGCUGGAAGACAAACUGGUUGCUCCUCAUCUCGAGACAAGAUUCAAAAAGUGGAACUCGUACUUUAAUGAACUGAACAACUACGAGACAGGUUUGUCGAUACAUGGCUUGUCGACAUCAAAAGACGGAGCGUCUUUGGCAUUGCUUUACAGCAUUGAUCGACUGUCAUUAAGAUACAGAAUUGUCUCUGAGCAGGCCUACAGAGUGUGCUUUCUACCUCUUAGUAACAUGUGGCAAAUUAAACCACAGACCACUGGCUUGGCUUGGUUUCAAACAUAUCAAAUUUACGGCAAACAGCUGCCACCAAAUUCAUGCACAGAUGUGCACAGUUUGCAUCUUGAUACGGGCGUUAACUUCAGAAUCUACCUCCAAAUGCUAAUGAGCAACGAAAGCAUGAAUGCUAUACAGUUUUCCAGCUUUGUUAACGAAGAGAAGGAUAAUUUACUCUAUAAAAAAGCCGUUUACGACUAUGCUGCCGCUCACAAGGACGAAAUUACCAAUGACUUGGACAGAGCGUCCGUCCAGGCAAUAGCCCAAAUGCUGGCAUUAGAGAGUCUUGUGACUCCAGCGCAGUUUUCGAUGAAGAGCGAGUUCAUUGAAGAAACCUUCGCGCCAGGAAAUGAUUUAGACAUGGAUGCUGUUCGCUCUAAGGAUGGCCACGUGUGGAGACGCUGUGCGGCUACAUUUCUCCCUCUUCUAACUCCGCAAGUCAAAACUUGCCCCGUCAGCAAGUAUCAAAUAAUCGACGUGAAGAGAGAUAGCCUGAAUAACUUUGGAUGGCUUACAAGAACAAUUUUGGAAUUCUUCAAUAAUCAAAGCAUUUACAGCGGAACAAAUAUGCUAUAG